GCAAACCUAUCUGGCCCUAGAUAAACUCCAUGAAUACCUGAUAAGAUGCUGCUGCACAGUCGGUUGAACACUGUAGCCUUGAUUCUAGAUACCCCAGGGUAUUACCUAACCACUGGCUAAUUCAACUUCUUCUGACACUUGACCUCUGUGACAGGCUAAAAGGAGUUCAACCAUCUGUGCUGCCUGUCUGCUAGUUUGUAACCUGCUUAGAAUAUAGAACCAUGUCUGCAAUCCCAGGUAGAGCGACGUCUCGCUCUCACCCCUCACCUAUCAAAACUGUGGUGGUCUACAGGAACGGUGAUGAGUUUUUCCCCGGAAGGAGGUUUGUGAUCAAUCCACGCCAAGUGUCAUCUUUCAAUAGCUUUCUGAACACCGUUACUGGAGGAGUGGAGGCACCAUUCGGAGCUGUGCGGAAUGUUUACACACCUAGGGAGGGACACCGGAUUCAGAGUUUGGAGACUUUGCAGCAUGGAGAGAAAUAUGUUGCUGGUGGGACAGAGCGCUUCAAAAAAAUUAAUUACUUUCACAUCACUUUGAAGAAGCCCCAAAGAAAGAAGAGUGAGGUGAUAAAACCAGUGGUCCAUAGCAGAAUAAUCGUGCCUGCACGGUGGAGGAAGUUUCUCCAUGAGUCAUGCACUAUCAAUGUUUUUACCAAUGGAGAUGUCUUGGUUCCUCCAGCUCGGAUACUUAUACCAAAGUAUACUCUAAGGAGCUGGGAGAGAGUACUGGCCAUGGUGACGGAGAAAGUGCACCUUCGCACUGGUGCUGUGCAUAGAUUGUACACGUUAGAUGGGACCCCAUUAUCCGGCUCAGUGGAGCUAGAAAACAACCACUACUACGUAGCGACAGGAGUGGAGAGGUUCAGGCUCCUACCAUACUUCCACUGGGUACCCAGGAAAGGACUCAUCCAAGACAUCGGCCUAGGUGUCCACAGUGACUUUCUACCACCAGUGAUGAGGAAGGGAAAGCAGCACACAAGAGAACUGAUUGCAGAUCACAGACAACAGGCAGACUCUCUGUUCAACCCCAAGUCUGAGAGAGAGAGAGCUGCCCGAGCAGCCAUGAAGCAGCAGCCAGUCUCCACCACCUCAAACCCUCUCCUCCUCCUCUCAUCAGGGGAGGACAGUGUGUUCAAAGCCAAAUCAAGGAGGAGGGAGACUGUCGGGGUGGCAGAGAUACAAGAGGAUGGACAACUAACAGUGGACCUGCCAAUCGACCAGGUGGAGGCCAAGGUGGUGGAGGAGCAGUGUGAUGUCAUCAUGGCGUUGUCUCCUCAGCCAGACAGUGGUGGAGGUGAAACAUUCUGCUCUAUAGUACCCAAGUCAGCCAGCUCCAAGAAGGCCUCGACCAGACCGACCAGACCGACCAGUGACUUUCCUGAGCAGCCAGCACCCCAGGCUGGGCCCCCAGAAACGGGUCGAAUCACCCGAACCCUCACCCACACCCCUGUAGGGACCAGCCCCACCACACCUACCAGAGACACAGAGCCCCUACAGAAACAUGGCAAGACUGAGCCACAGAACGUAAAGAAAGCCCCCAAGGUGGCGGCGAGAGCAGAAGACACAAGACGCCAGUAGUCUAGCUUUACCUCAGUAUAAUACCCAAUAAACAUGUCCAUCCGUAUCUCAGCAACCCACUUCAUUAAGAUACUACUGGACAUAUUACUGUUGUUGUGCUUGUUGUUGUUGUUGUUGUGCUUGUUGUUGUUGUUGUGGUUGUCUGAGUCAAGAGACAUACAUUAACCUGAGUGCCUGUGAUUACAGCAUACAGGUGAUUACUUUGCC